UAAAAAAUAAAAAUAAUACUAAUAAUGAUAAUAAUGAGAUUGUUAAUAAUGAAAAAAUGUUAAAACCUGGUACAUCGAUGCGACGUAAAUCUUAUACGUUUAUUUCUACCAUAAAAAGUAAAAAAGAACGAUCGAUGGAAAAAAUAUAUUCGGAUGGUAAAAAUUCAUGUGAAAAUACGAAACGCAUUGUAAAUACAUUGAACGAUAGAAAGAGAACGGUCAAUAAAUUUUCUAAUCGUUAUUUAAACAAAUCGAACGAUCUAACACGUCCUAAAAUAGAAGUAUCGUCGUCUAAACAAUUCAAAUCACGUUUAGGUCAUUCACGUAGAAAAUUUUCUAUCGUCACCGACGUUUGGUCUAAUGUAGACUCUUUUACUAUCAAAAAUAAUCCAUAUGACACAAGUACGAAUAAUGCUUUAACGAAAUCGAAUGUAAAUGAAAAGGUAUAUAAAAAAAUGCAAAUAAAAAAGGAAAUCAAAAGAGAUGAGGAUGAAAAUGUUGUCAUGGAAGAAAAAAAAUAUACAAAACCACGACAAAAAUCACCGCAUGCGAUCGUAUGGUCACAAAGUGAUUCUCAACCUUUCAUUCCGUUGUCGCAAGAGACAUUGAAACAAUUAGGAAAAUUGUAUAGAAUCGGAUAAACGAAGAGGGUGUAUCGUUAUGGAAAAGGACUAUUUUCAACCGAAUGAUACUGACUUCUCAACAGAAUGCGAAUUAAUAUCUUCGAAUAAUCCAAAUCCAUGUUUAGCUAGUGGGGACGAUGAUAAAACUUUGUAUUUAUUCGAUAUAAAAAAUUUGUCUGAUAAACGUAAAGAAUUGCAACGAUUUGUAUCGUCUAUCGUAACCUCAUUGAAUACCAAAGUAUCUAAUAAAAAUAUGUCCUCGAAAUUAUUAAUAACCGAGAAACGUAAAUCUACGUACGAUGUAUCUAUUAAAAGCGAUAUUAAAAAUAAGUUAUCGUUUACGAGGGAAUGGGACUGUAAUAAAUUAAUUUAUUCACGUUCUAUCGCGACAUUUUCUUUAUAUACGUCGAACGACGGAAUGACUAAGAGUUUAAAAUCUUACGAAACUGAUACGGGUCUAGCAUUGAAAGCGUGCGAUCCAAUGGAUUCGAAUAUAUCGAUAAAAUAUUUACGAGAUAAAGACGAGGAGUUUCAUCAAAAAAUGAAAUUCUUUCUCGAGUCCGAUAAAUAUUUUCCGCUUAAUAAAAAGUGCAUUGAGAUUUGCGACCUUAGUAAUAUAAAUUGCAUUGAUAUCACGGAAAAGAAUACAUUGAAUAAUCAUAAUGCGUUUUUGAUCAAGGUAAAACGUGCUUAUUCAUUCUUUAAGUCUCACAAGAUGCUUUGUCAAUUGUCAUUGUAUUUGUACGUAUACGGUAUCGUUGGUCUUGUCUUAAUACUUUUUAAUAUCAAUCCUUACAAGUAUUGCCUUUUAGACACGAGACUUCUUUACAAUUUGUAACGAGUUUGAAUUUAUAUAAUUCUAGCUAUAUGCGUUCAAUGAUAUGUAUACCACGCCCCCCGCCCCUCCAUCUUUAUCACAUUAAAUAAAUUACUUUCUAAAGGAUCGUUUAAACGAGCUUUUAAUUACGAACAAUAAUUUAUAAUAGAAAAUUCUCAUGUGCAAUUUUGAUAACUUAUCGAAAAUCGAGAUCAAUCAAUAAUAUCGUCCAAGUUCUUGCUGUCCCUGUUAUAUUAAUCCCACAAAAGAAGAAGAAUAAUGAAAGAAAUUCCAUACGAA